AUGGAGGGAGGCGACCUUGAAGAGCGAGGCAAGGGUUCUGGAGGCGGCGUGGCGGACGCGGCCACCACCAGUGAGGCGAACGACGUCAAAUCUUGGGUGGCAGGCGGGAACAGCGUCAAGGUUGAUUUUGGUGGAGCAGCGGCCGGCGCCGCGGCAAUGAUUCGCGACAUCUACCAGGAGCUCCCGCUACAGAACGCCCUGCUGGCAGCGGUGCGUGGCGACGCGACCCCUGCAAAGCAGCUCAUGCGCAGGCACCUUGAGGCGCUGCAGUACUGUACCCUGCCGCUUUCAGCCGAGGCGCAGCGGGCGACGGCCAUCCUGGCCAGCAUGAUGCUGGACUGCUGCGCGGAGGCGAGGCGCGCCGCCGGGCCCGAGUGUCCGUGCGGCAUGGUGGAGGGCCUGCUCAGGAUGGUGGCGUCGGCCCUCCACGCUGUUCAGGGCUACUGCUCGAUGGACGCAGCAGCGGUGGAGCAGCUGGCGAGCACCCGUGGCGGUUUGCACCCCGAGGUGGAGCUGCGGCUGCGCAUGUACCUGGCUGCAAAGGGCCUGGACGGGGGCAAGGGGCUACCGCUGCUGCCGCUGCACGGAGGCGGCAACAAUGCCCUGUUGUGGUCUGGCGUGCCGUUUGUGCCGGUCUCGUCAGGGGUCCUCGGCGGCUCUGGCGUGUUCGGCUCUACGGCAGAGGUGAGCCUCCGCCUGGCCGGCGGCGCGGCGCGCUUGCUGCAGCUGGACGGCGUCAGUGGGUGUAUGAAGGUGAUCAUGCGGCGGACCGGCAAAGAAGGUCUGGUGGCGGCGGCGGGGCGCCUGGCCCGGGCAGCCGCCCUCACCAACCUGCUGGACGGCAGCAUGCCGCUCUGGAGCGUCGGCGCCGCGCCACACAUGCUCCAAGUGUUCAUGCCGUGGGGGAGGUGCACCCUCACGCAGCAGCUGCAGCGUGGCCAGCAGGUGCUGCCCUGCCUGGUGGAUGCUGGGGCGGGGCCGACUCCGCGCCGGAAUGAGGGACAGGACAGGCUGCUGGUUUGGCGCUGCGCGCCCCCAUCAGUCAGCAUGCUGGUUCAGGCCGUCGCAGGCAUGUUGGAGGGGACAGCUGAGAUCCACGAUGCCGGGAUGGUGGUCGGAGACUACAAGGCGGACAAUUGGAUGUACGUGCUGGGAACAGAUGGCAAGCAGCCGCUGACUGACAUCGUGCUCAACAACUUGUGGGUGUGUGUAUUCGCGCAGGAGACCUUGGUGGCAAGCGACAAUGACGGAGGCGCUGCACCCUUCCACAACGGCAGCCUGUUGGGACCAGCUCAAUUUUCCCACGUCAGCCCCGAGCGCGAAGCAGCUACGCCGGCCGCGAAGGGCGGGAGCCUGACCAAGGAGGAGGACGUUUGGGCUCUGGGCUGCACGGGGCUGGGACUUGCUCUUGGGAUCCAGCGCAUGAGCGCCCCGCUGCCGGUUCUGGUCAAGGCCGCAACGCCGGACGGCGCCGACGGGCCCACCCCCAGCCAGCUGAAUUGUGUCGCACGCAGCAUUCUUGGCCGGGACCUCGACGCAGACGUGUGCUGCUUCAUAUGCAGCUGCCUGUGGCGCGACCCCGGGAAGCGCCCCACAGCGCAGGAGCUGCUGGAGUCGCCACUCGUGCGCCGCGCGCACAGCGGCCCAGCCGGCAAGGGCAGGGGCGGGGGCGCAGCGGCAGCCGGCGGCGGCAGCGGUGGCGGAGGCGGUGGCGGCGGCCGUGAUGACCUGAUUGAUGCAGCGGCGUGCGAGAACGGGGCUGACAGCGCAUACACCGGCUGCUUUAUGGAUGCGGCAGUGGCGGCGAUGGCGGAGCUGCAAGCAGGGUGCUGCGCGCGAGCAGCGUCUACACCGGACAUGUGCUUCAAGGUGGAGGCCGAAAGACUGGGCAAAGCACUCAGAGUUCUGCGCUCUGAGCUCGGAGACAAGACCCCCAGGACUGGUUUGGACUGCUUUGCGUGGCAAGUCGGCCGCAAGCAGCAGCUGCAAGACACGGUGGACGAUGCGCACAAGCUGGUCUAUGUCGACCUUGAAUAG